UUGAGGGACUUGAUACCGUCAAUAAAUAAGGCACGACUGCAUCAUUUUCGGUUUAUAUGCCACGAUCGACUCACAUGGGCUGAUUUGGGUUUCAGAAACACAACGGUACUCGCAGGAGAGAGCGAGAGCUUGCUGCGAAGCCAUGGCUGAAAUCGCGGGGAUUCUUGCGAGCGCCGUGGGGAGUCGAAUCGCUGGCAAACUUGGCGAACUAGCCACGGAGGAAGCCACUUUGCAGUGGCAGUUCAAAGAGGACGUGGAGGACAUGGCAGAGAAGAUGAAAGAUCUGGAGGCCGUGCUGCGUGACGCGGACGAAAGGUCACGCCGAGGAGGAUCAGAUGGCCAAGUUGUUGGGCGAUGGCUCACAAAAUUCAAGUCCCUCGCCUACGACGUUGAGGACGUCCUCGACGAGCUGGAAACUGCUGAUCUCAUCAAGGAGAGCCAAUCGGCGCUCAAGCUAUUCUUUUCCGGUAACAAUCAACUUCUCCAGCGGAUGACCAUAGCCCACAAUAUGAAGAACAUAAGAGAGGAAACAGACAAGCUAGAAAAACUGGGACAUAAACUCAAUCUUUUGCCUCAUGAAGCACUGACAGAAAGGAGCAGAAGCAAUGAAACAUUUGCAGCCAUCACUAAUGAAGGCAUGAAAACUGGAAUGGUGGGGAGGGAGACCGAAAAGGAAAAAAUAAUCAGCUUGCUAUUUAAAAGUGAAGGUGCCGAGGAUAUCUCUAUCAUUCCAAUUGUUGGGCUUGGCGGUCUAGGAAAGACAACAUUAGUUCAAUCAGUUAUUGGCGACAAGAGGGCCGGUGUCUUUGAUAUCCAAGCCUGGGUUCAUGUGUCUAAAGAGUUUGAUCUGCCCAAAAUUGGGAGGGCCAUCAUCAAAAGCAUAAAUAUUAGUGUCAACCUUAACGAUUGUAAUAUGCAUGUUUUACAAGAAAACCUGAGCAAGGAACUUGCUGGUAGAAGAUACUUGAUUGUUCUAGAUGAUCUCUGGGAAGAGGAUGGAAAGAAACUGGAGGAUUUAAAGGAGAUGCUACAACAUGGCUCUAGUGGUAGCAGGAUUAUAGUAACCACGCGAAACCAAAGAGUCGUGGACAAACUGCACACUGGUUUCCUUGCAAACCAAAGGAAAAUCUGCCCUGUAGCUGAGUCUGACCAAAUCAAUUUGGGCAUUUUAUCACGUGAUGACUGCUGGAAGAUGAUGAAGCAAAGAGCACUUGGUCCUGAUGAUGACCAAACUGGCCUAGAAAAAAUUGGUAUGCAAAUUGUUGACAAGUGCGGGGGUUUACCACUCGUGGUAAAUGCUCUUGGACAAGUAAUGUCGGAGAUACGGACAGUCAAGGCAUGGGAAGAUAUCAGAGACACCAAGAUCGAUUUAGGUUCUACAGAUCAAAAUGAGACAUUAGAGUGCCUCAUGCUGAGCUAUUACUAUAUGAAGUUGGACUUCAAGAUGUGUUUCACAUAUUUGGCUGUCUUCCCCAAGGGCUAUAUUAUGAACAGCGAUCAUCUAAUUCAGCAAUGGAAAGCUCUUGGAUAUAUUCAUGGAACUAAUGAUGGUCAAAGGUGCAUUAACUACCUUCUUGGGAUGUCCUUUCUCCACAUUUCAGGGUUUUCUUUGGUACGUCAUCUGAAUGACAUGGCUUCACAGGAUCUCAGCAUGCAUGAUUUGGUGCAUGAUCUUGCAUCAGUAAUUAUUGCUAAUGAAUCCCUUGUGUUGGAUUGUACUGACCAAAGGAAGUGGAAAAAAACACGUUAUUGCCGACAUGCACAGUUGAUCAACUACCAGAAUAAAUGCAAGGCUUUUAAAGAUCUGCCGAGCAAGAUUAGGUCACUGCAUUUUAGGGAUUCAGAAAAGGUGCAGCUCCACGCAAAAGUAUUUUCUCAGUCCAAGUAUGUACGUGUCUUGGAUUUAAGUGGAUGUUCAGUUGAAGGGCAACCUACUCCGAGCAGCAUAGUGUUGCCAUCUUCCAUUCAUCAACUAAAGCUACUUCGUUACCUUAAUCUCACAGGCUUGCCAAUUACAUCACUUCCAAACUCUUUCCGUAGACUUCGAAAUAUGCAAACUCUAAUUUUCUCCAACUGCUCGCUUCAAACCUUGCCCGAAAAUAUUUCGGGAUUCAACAAGCUUUGCUAUUUGGAUAUAUCUAGCAAUAUGAACCUCAGUAGGCUCCCGUCAUCAUUGGGGAAACUUUCCGAGCUCUCCUUCCUUAACCUAUCAGGUUGCUUUACACUCCAAGAGUUGCCUGAAUCAAUUUGUGAGCUUGAAAAUCUGCAGCACCUAGACAUGUCAAAGUGUUGUGCUCUUCAAAGUCUCCCUGAUAAAUUUGGUAGCCUGCAUAAGCUCAUAUUCCUAAACCUAUCAUAUUGUUACCAUCUUGCCAGACUACCUAAUGAUAUUAGCCUUGAGUGUUUAGAGCAUCUAAACCUAUCGGGCUGCCAUGCUCUAGAAACGUUGCCAAAAUAUGUCGGCAAUUUGCAGAAACUUCGAAUCUUAAACCUUUCCGAUUGCUACAAGCUGACAAUGCUGCCAGAAUCAUUUUGCCAACUUAGGUAUUUGAAACACCUCAAUCUUUCAGAUUGUCAUGGCCUCAAACAACUUCCUGAUUGUAUUGGUAACCUGGAUGAGCUUGAAUCCUUGAACCUAACAAGUUGUGCGAAGUUACAACAGUUGCCCGAGUCAACUGGCAAGAUGACUAAGCUGAAGCAUCUGAAUUUAUCAUACUGUAUAAUGUUAAGGAAUCUCCCAUCAUCGUUAGGCUGUCUUGAGCUUCAUGUAUUGGAAAUCACUGGUGGUACUCCUCUCUCUGAUCUGCCUGAUAGUUUUGGGGACAUGACAACCCUCACCCAACUUGUGGUCCUGGCAGGGCAUCAUAAGCUGAUUAGAAAAGCUCGGGAAAUGCAGAGGCGCCUAAAUUUAUCACCCCGUGGAAGACUUGAUAUACAAGAGAUAGACACAGGAUGUAGAAACAUAAUGGAUACUGCUCCACUGAGUUGUUGCGAGCUUGAUGUUGGAAAUCUUGCACAUGUCAGGCAACCGAAAGAUGUAGACACAGCCAAACUGCAUGACAGAAUGGACCUUCGUCUAUUAUCACUUAAAUGGAAAUUCGAAGGUACUAAGUUACCAGAGUUGAAUACUAUUGCAGCAGGUAAAUCUGUGUUGGAGAGGCUCACACCACCUCGAACUCUUGAACACCUUAUAUUAAGUGGAUACAUGAGCAAAGAAUUUCCCAACUGGAUGUCUUGCAUCUCGUCCUCCCUUCCGUUUCUCACCUACCUCAUGCUUUCUAACCUUGGAAGAUGUGAUGUUCUUCCACCAAUUGGGCUGUUGCCGAAUUUGAGGUGUUUAUAUAUGGUCAAUAUUCCUAACAUCAGGAAAAUUGGCAAGGAAUUCUAUGGAGAGGGCAAACCUUGUCUCAAAUUAAGAUGUAUACAGUUGGAGAAGAUGGAUAAUUUGGUGGAAUGGUGGACCACACAAUCAGGUGAAGAUAAUGAUGAGUUCUUAAUACCUAAUUUGCAUAAGCUAGAUUUAUUGGACUGCCCAAGGUUGAAGUUCAUGCCAUAUCCCCCAAGAAGUAUUGAGUGGAUGUUGGAGAACAGUGACGAGGUGUUGCCAGAACGAGGGUUUGGGAGGCUUAUGUCUUCUACUCUUCCUUAUGGUAUGGGCAUGAUCAAUUGUAAUUUUUCUCAAGACAAGUGGAAGAGACUUCAACACUUUCCCAGUCUUGAUAGUCUUGAACUUACCUCCUCCAACUUUCGGGGUGCCUUCCCAAAUGCCAUUCGAUGCUUGACCUCCCUCAGAGAACUAACGAUGACGUCCAUGAAUGACCUGGAGACAUUGCCAGAAUGGUUGGGGGACCUCGUUUCUCUAGAAUGCUUUAGCAUUAAAGAUUGCAGCCGUGUAACACUUUUGCCUGAAAGCAUGAAGAACCUCACUGCUCUCAAAAUACUUGGUUUGCAUAGAUGCCAAGGCCUGAAUACAUUACCAGAUUGGUUGGGGCAUCUCACUUCUCUGGAACACAUGCAGAUCGAAGACUGCUGCAGUCUAUCAACACGUUUGCCUGAAAGUAUGAUGAACCUCACUGCUCUGAGACUCCUCCUCUUGAAGGGAUUGGAGAGACUAGAAAUAUUGCCAGAAUGGUUGGGACAGCUCGUUUCCCUACGAGACAUGUACUUCUCUCGCAGCCCCAAGGUUACAUCUUUUCCCGAGAGCUUACAAAACCUAACCGCCUUACUGGAGCUACAGAUUUGGAACUGUCCAAGACUGAUAAGGAGGUGCCAAGGGGAGGAUGCCUACAAGAUUUCUCACAUACCAACAGUGCUAUUGAAUGGAAAAAGAUUCAGGGGCGGCAUCGGAGAGCAUGGCUUGGGCUUGUCUUGCCUUACAACCCCAAGCCGUCCCGAGAACAGCUUCGUUCUCGACCGCUUUACCCAUCACGGCAAAUCAAGAGGGUGAAAAGCUCAUCUCUGCUCUGCUCUGCUCCACCAGGCGUCUUAAGCAGUGACCUGCAGGGAAGAGAUUCUGAUGACCAAUGUUGGGUCCUCCGUCGGGCGGCUGCCAAAGUACCAACGGCACCACCGAGCAACGUUGGGGACUGUCGCCGUCACCGUCGCAGUCCCUGUUGCCUGCAUGGGCAUCCUACUGCGAUCGGGCGCCCCUUCCCGGACCUUGAGGCAGCUGCCACUGUCAUACACCAUCACCAGGUAAACGGGAGGAAUAAUAUUCCGAUCACCUCCGUGUAGCGGAUAGUGCCUGUCCGGCUGCCCCGAAGCCGUUUGAGCUGUCCUACAGGGGCCGGUUCCCGAUGCUAUUAACGACCGGUGAGCUUGGCACCGGCGCCACGAGGAACUGGAUGCUGUUCAACAACAACUACAUGGUGCAGGUGGACGGGGCUUUGUGCCUGGCGAUCCGGCCUACUGGGCCCGGCGGCAUGCCGGUGGACGGCGAGCCGGCGGUGGCAAUCGGCACGAAGCAGCUGGAGUGUUCGACGUGGAGAAGCAUGUGCUCGGGUUCAGCAUGCUGCUGGACUUCUCUUUGUCCAGUUGUAAGCUCCACGUUCUUCAGGAACUAGACAGCGCACCUCUCACUUGAGCAACCGCCUCCAAUUAAGUACCAAUCAUUAUACUUCAAAAAUGCUAAACAUAUAAAGAGUUACACAUGGUUACACGCUGGUUAGGAUUCUUUCUUCCUAACUAAUCUCUUUCCCCUAAUUUUUAAAGGGAUGGGGCCUCAUUCCUCUUAACCUCCAAUCAAAAUCCACCUGCCUGUGAAACCCCUGUAAGUUUAUGUACGUGUAGCAUUACUGAUUGUACCCCCAAGCAGUGCACAGUAAAACAAGUUCUUGUUGGCGUCUUAAUAAGA